AUGUAUCGGAUCUCGAAUAUCUAUGUUCUCGCUGCGUUUGGCACCAUUGGCGGUGCCCUCUUCGGCUUCGAUGUGAGUUCCAUGAGUGCCUGGAUUGGCGUCGACACGUAUACCGCGUUCUUCGACCACCCAGAUUCCAACCUUCAAGGAGGCAUUACCGCUUCCAUGUCUGCCGGCUCCUUCGCCGGGUCUAUUGCAGCAGGCUGGCUGUCCGAUAUCCUUGGUCGUCGUGGCGCACUGAUGAUCGCGUCCUUGGUCUGGAUAGUUGGAGCGAUGGUCCAAUGCAGCGCCCAAAAUAUCACACAUCUUGUUGCGGGUCGUGUUGUCAGCGGUCUCGCUGUUGGUGUCACCUCAUCACAAACCUGCGUCUACCUUUCAGAGUUGGCACCAGCUCGCAUUCGCGGUCGUGUCGUUGGUAUCCAACAGUGGGCUAUUGAAUGGGGUAUUCUAAUCAUGUACUUGAUUGCGUAUGGCUGUGCUGUUGGUGUGUCUGGACCUGCUGCGUUCCGGAUCUGCUGGGGUAUUCAGGCGGUCCCAGGCCUCAUCUUGUUUAUAGCGCUGUUCUUCUUCCCCGAGUCGCCUCGUUGGCUGGCCAGCAAGGAGCGGUGGGAAGAGGCUCUCGAAACUCUAGCCCUGAUCCACGGCAAUGGGAACCGUAAUGACCCAGUGGUGCAGGUUGAGUUUGAAGAAGUUCAGGAAGCAGCCCGAAUUGCCCAUCAGGCUAAGGAUGUCUCAUUCUUAGCAUUGUUUGGGCCUCGAAUCUGGAAGCGGACCAUGUGUGGAAUGAGCGUCCAGAUGUGGCAACAGCUACUUGGCGGCAAUGUUGCCAUGUACUACGUGGUAUACAUCUUUGAGAUGGCUGGCAUGACUGGAAAUACCACUCUCUGGUCGUCCGCUAUCCAGUACGUACUAUUUCUAGUGACAACAGGAGCCAUACUUCCGUACAUUGAUCGCGUGGGCCGUCGCAAGUUGCUUCUUAUCGGUUCAGUACUUUGCAUGGUGAUUCACUUUGUCAUUGCCGGUGUGAUGGCCAGCAAGGGUCACCCUGUUGCCAGUGUAAAUGGGAACUCCAACCUCACCUGGUCCAUCAAAGGAUCCUCUGGCAUGGCAGUGAUUGCAUUCUCAUACAUUUUCACCUCAGUUUACGGAUUUACCUGGGCCCCCACGGCAUGGAUAUACGCCUCUGAAGUCUUUCCUCUAAAGUACCGAGCGAAGGGUGUCGGUCUAUCCGCUUCAGCAAAUUGGAUCUUCAACUUUGCUUUGGCCUACUUCGUCGCACCUGCAUUCCACAACAUCCAGUGGAAGACUUACAUUAUAUUUGGAGUUUUCUGUUUUGUGAUGACUUUCCACGUUUUCUUCACCUACCCAGAGACCGCCGGUCGGUCUCUAGAGGAAAUUGAUAUGGUGUUCGAUACCGAUGUCAAGCCCUGGCGGACGAGCACGAUUCACGACAAAUUCGGAGAGGAGAUUUCCAAGCAUCAAGAGGCUGGCUCUGGGAAGGAAGGGAGUGAAGCUGCUCACGAAGAAGUUGUUUAA